AGCAUUUACCUUUUCAUCUCCCUCGCCUUCAUCGAGACGUUUUAGGGCAGCUCAGUCAUCCCCCACGAGCGAGACCACCCCUUCCCACUCGGAAUAAUACCCGUCGUGAGCCUUUUGAGCUACCACAAUAGUGACACAUGCACAUGCACAAUUUACUAUCAAAUCUUACCUCAACCUCAUCUUCGCAUAACUCAUCAGUGGCCUUCAAUCCCAGCGGCUGCCUGCCUUUCCUUCUUGUGUAUAGCAUUUUCCUUCUAUUUAUGCAUUCUAUCAUCACCGACAUCUUUACCUAUGGGUUAUAUCUCGCUUGCUAUGCUUCGGUCUGGUUCACUCGCUUUGGUUUGCUCGUUGCUUUGUGCUCCCAGCGUAUCUCCAUUGUUGGACUCCUCAAGCAUCUGUGUAUUACGCAUUUCACAUCAAUCUAUCUUCACUUCAAGAGAUCGCCAAAGCAUUUUCUAUGUCUCCCACUCCGAGUCGUCAAGAGGAGUUCUAGAUAAGCUUUUUUUGGACCAAGUUCCUUGGUCGCCAGUCGUAGAGCUACUGAUCUAAUGAGCAACAACUCUGCAUGCC